UCACGACGGUACUUUGUUCAAGUACCUGCCCAUCUCCACCUGCACUUUGCAGCCACACCUCCGGGACGGGGAGCUCACUACCUCCCUGGCUAUUUGAUGGGCCUUGUCAUUAAGAAAUUACUCCAGGCAGGUCUCCUACCUGGAGCUAGUGCGCAGACCGCGUCGGAGCCGAGCCCAGCUGCUCAGGAUGAUCAGCGACGUGCAGUUCGCCAUCUCCGCCAACAUGCUGGGCGCGUCACUCUUCCCGCUUGUCGUUCUCAAUCACCAUGUGGCUGUCAACAAUCCCAGGAAGUAGGAAUGAAAGUGGCGGUUUCUUCGCCCCAGGGUCCCAGGACAUAGUCUGUGGCAAGAGG